AUGACUGCCAAUAUGAUAGUAGUGACUUACGGCGGUAUCUUCCGGGCACUUGUUUGCUGUGGGGGUUUUUUGUUUGCCUUCCCCCUGUUGUAUACGUUUACGCUUGCUACGAAACUGUCCCUGAGAACGAGUAGGAUGCAAACAUUUCGUUCAAGCUUUCCGACAGUGUCCCGGGAUCUGCUAAACUGGUUUCCGGGCCAUAUGGGUAAGGGCAUGAAGCAAAUGCAGCAAAAGUUAAAGCUGGUAGACUGCGUGAUAGAGGUACAUGAUGCACGAAUUCCACUGACUGGACGUAACAGAGAGUUCCACUACACAAUCAGCGGCAUCAAACCACACAUAUUGGUGCUUAACAAAAAGGAUCUUAUUGAGCGUCGAAUGGAGGGCCCAAUUCGCGACCGGCUCCGGCAGCAAGACGGCGAAGCAAUGCACAUUCUAUUCACAAACUGCAAGAAUCAGAGUUGCAGUGGAUUACGCAAAUUGAUGCCAUUAGCCAAACAACUGAUCUGCGGCUCGGACCGAUUCAAUCGCGCCACCCAGCAGGACUUCUGCAUCAUGAUUAUAGGAGUGCCAAACGUAGGAAAGUCAUCUUUGAUUAACGUGCUACGAAAUCGACAUCUGAACAAGAAAGGAGCAAGUCAGGUUGGAGCAAUUGCCGGCGUUACACGUAGCGUGCUUAAUCGUAUCAAGAUUUGCGAAGAUCCUCCGAUUUAUCUGCUGGACACACCGGGAAUUCUAGAGCCCAACAUCGUCGAUACCGAGACGGGUCUGCGAUUGGCAUUGGUUUCCAGUUUGCAGGACCAUCUUGUCGGUGAAGAGUUGAUCGCCGAUUACCUGCUGUAUUCUCUAAACAAGCAAGGCAACUUCAGCUACGUCGAGCAGCUGGGACUAUGCGAGCCAACCGAUUCGAUCGCGGAAACACUGGUAGCUUGCGCGUUGCACCACGGUCAGCGCAUCCGUUCCCGACAGCUGGACGGCCAGGAGGUCCUGCGUCCCGAUAUACUAAUGGCUGCGAAGCACAUGAUUAAGUCCUUCCGGAUCGGUGCCUUCGGCAAGGUGUCGUUGGAUUACGAUAAAAUCGACUCUCUCUGAGGAGUGAUCCAAGUGAUGUGUAGUAUAAAACAUUUAAUAAACAGAGAA